AUGGGAGAUCAAAUCAACGGACCUGAAAACCCUUUUGCACUCAUGCCUCCAGUCAUCAACCAUUAUCACACCACCACUCAAGACAACUCGGCCUUUCCGACCAGUGUUGCCUUGAAUGAAACCAAUUAUUCAAUAUGGGCACCUCUUAUGAAGAUGAGGAUUGGAGCACGAGGUAAGGUUGGUUACCUCACUAGAGCCAAAGUCGCACCGGAUAAGAAUUUUUCUGAAUUUGAAAGUUGGGUCACAGAGAAUGAGAGAGUAAAGAGUUGGCUCAUUGACUCCAUGGAGCCAUCACUCAUCAAUCGAUAUAUCCGACUACCAACAGCCAAGGAUGUUUGGGUAGCAGUUGAGAAGACCUUUUAUGAUGAUUCUAAUGAAACCCGAAUUUUUGAAUUGAAAGUCCUUUGCAGUGAGACAGAAUGUGGGCUCGAUUCAGAAUAUGUUCAAGUCGGAGGUGAUGAGAUCCUUCGCAAAGACCCAAAAUUCACAUUGGAGCAAAGUUAUGCCUAUGUUCGAAAGGUGCAUUCUGAUCGGCAAGUUAUGAGACAUGCCUCUGAGUCUUUUGUUAUGGCUGUCCAACACAAACAGGGUCCUCCUCCAGGCUUCUCAAAUGCUCCACCACGUAGCUUCUCAGUAAAACCGAAUCCUUAUGCAAAAAUCAAGUGUCCGGUUUGUGGAGACUUGGGUCAUAGCAAGCGACGAUGCUAUGAAGUCAUCGAUUACCCAUAUUGGUGGGAUUUCACAAGAAGACCCCGAAAGAAUCAAGCAAAUGUUGCCUUAGCUACUACAGAUGAAGAGCAACCAUCUAAUGCAUCCACCAAUGUCUCCCAAGAAGGUAUGAUCGGUAAGGAAUCUAGGAAUAGUUAUUGGAUUAUUGAUUCAGGGGCAUCGGACCACAUGGUUAAUGCUCCUAGGUUUUGGAAAAAUUUAAACCCUCCACUCAAAAUAUUGUUUCUAUUGCUGAUGGACAUUCUAACUCGACGGGUUCUAGGUUGUGGAACUAGAAAGGGAAAACUUUACUACCUGGAUCUGACAGAGCAAGGAGAGCAACAAUUAUUGGGACAAGUACUAAAUCAGGUCAACGGAGUAGAGAAUGCAAAGGCAACAAAUGGAUUAGCAAAGCAGAAGAAUCGUCAGUUGCUUGAAGUUGUCCGCGCAUCCUUAUUUGGCAUGAAUGUACCUCUUGAAUAUUGGGGAGAAGCUUUGAAGUCUGCUGCCUAUCUCAUAAAUCGUACUCCCUCUCGAGUGAUUGAAUUUCAAAGUCCUCUACAGCAUCUUCAGCAUCUUCUUUCUGUACCAUCCUUGCCAAACUUGGAGCCCUGUGUUUUUGGAUGCGUAGUAUAUGUUCAUAUUCCUAAGCAACAACGAAGCAAACUUGAUCCCCGUGCCAAACGAUGUAUCUUUCUUGGGUAUGCCGAGUUUCAGAAAGGAUAUCGGUGUUAUGAUCCUCUCACCGACACCAUUUACGUGUCUCUUGAUGUUUCUUUUCGUGAAUCGGAACUUUACUACUCAGGGGGAGUGUCGGCGUCUUCCCUUCAGGGGGAGAGAGGUUAUGAAGGGAAUUCUCCGCAACUAUUUAAAAUGUGA